GGAAGUGUUCAAUCUGCCUGUGAACCACAGUCACACUGCUGAAGAGAAGCCGGGUUUAGCAGUCGGGUUUCAAGCCUGUGGACUUCUGUGAAAGUUGGAUGUUUUUUAAACACGGUUAUGUAGCAGCAGAGUCCACGCAGGGCGGACUUUUAGGAGCACGCUAGCUAGUGUUGCUUUGUUUGUGUCCGUUAGCCUGUCGAUGCUAACUGGUUGCUAAGUGUUCGGGAGUUUCCGUGAAGACUUCGGCUUGGCGGUUUUCUGUCGGAUCAAAGAUGAAUUAGCUCCUGUUCCAGUCCUGCGGUGGAUUUAUUACCGGAGCAGGUAGCUGGAGGAACGGGGGACACCAUGGCCCUGGCUCCGAAGGAGCUGUCCAACCUGCUGAGCGUCAUCUCGGAGGAGGCCUGCUGCAACUCCUUCGAGAGCCUGUCCGCUCACUUCCACCACUUCUUCGGGAAGGCGGAGCACUUCCGGGUGGGUUCGGUUCUGGUCCUGCUCCUGCAGCAGCCCGACCUGCUGCCCAGCUCCCCGCAGCGGCUCACCGCUCUCUACCUCCUGUGGGAGAUGUACCGCACCGAGCCGCUGGCCGCCAACCCCUUCGCCGCCGUGUUCGCCCACCUGCUGAACCCCGCCCCGGCCGGAGAGGAGCCGGAGAAGGUCCUGUCCGGCUUCCUGCCUCCCAUCACCCAGCCGGAGAAGUUCUUCCUGUCCCAGCUGAUGCUGGCUCCGCCCAGAGACCUCUUCAAGAAGACGCCUCGGCAGGUGUCCUGCAUGGACGUGGGCAACAUGCCUCAGAGCAUCGACAUCAGCGGGCUGCAGCUCGCCCUGGCAGAGCGUCAGUCGGAGCUGCCCACUCAGAGUAAAGCCAGCUUCCCCAGCAUCCUGAACGACCCCGACCCCGACUCCUCCAACUCGGGCUUCGACAGCUCGGUGGCCAAUCAGAUCACAGAGUCUCUGGUGACGGGGCCCCGCCCCCCUCUGGAGAGUCACUUCCGGCCGGAGUUCAUCCGGCCGCCGCCUCCUCUGCACGUGUGCGAGGACGAGCUGGCCUGGCUGAACCCCACCGAGCCGGACCACAGCGUGCAGUGGGACCGCUCCAUGUGCGUCAAGAACAGCACCGGCGUGGAGAUCAAACGCAUCAUGUCCAAAGCCUUCAAGAGCCCGCUGUCCGCCCAGCAGCAGUCCCAGCUGCUGGCGGAGCUGGAGAAGGACCCCAAGCUGGUGUACCACAUCGGCCUGUCUCCGUCCAAACUGCCCGACCUGGUGGAGAACAACCCGCUGGUGGCCAUCGAGAUGCUGCUGAAGCUGAUGCAGAGCAGCCAGAUCACCGAGUACUUCUCCGUGCUGGUCAACAUGGACAUGUCCCUGCACUCCAUGGAGGUGGUCAACAGGUUGACCACAGCAGUUGACCUCCCCCCAGAGUUCAUCCACCUUUACAUCUCCAACUGCAUCUCCACCUGUGAGCAGAUCAAAGACAAGUACAUGCAGAACCGUCUGGUGCGGCUGGUCUGCGUCUUCCUGCAGUCCCUGAUCCGGAACAAGAUCAUCAACGUCCAGGACCUCUUCAUCGAGGUCCAGGCCUUCUGCAUCGAGUUCAGCCGGAUCCGCGAGGCCGCCGGACUCUUCCGCCUGCUCAAGACCCUGGACACCGGGGAGAACCCCCCCGAGGCCAAACCCGCCAAGUAGACCCAGGACACCCACUGGCAAGACUCUUCUCUUUUUUUUUUUUUUGCUUUUCUUUUUUUUUUACCGUCAGCCCAGCAGAGAUCAGCUUCUUGUGGAUUAUCUGGACUGUCAGGAGCUCCUCUGAACUCUGAACUUUCUCCUGAAUUAAACUCCUUCAUCCUUCAUCUUGUUUCUUUGUGGUUUUUAGUGAAGUGAGUGAAACCUCAGGACGGCCUCCCGUCUCUCCACAUGUUGACAACUUGGCAGCCUUUCCAAUCCUCCAGAUAACUUAUUCUUGUCAAAAGGACUGGCGACAAAUCCGGCG